AUGAAGAAUCCUCAGGUUUUUGUCAAAUCCUCGCUGGGGAUCCUCAAGAUUAACAGGCUGGAGAAGAUGGUGAUGCGUCAUCUGACAUGCUGUCCCCAGGAUGUAGUGACCUUCUCCGAUGUGUCUGUGAACUUCACCCUGGAAGAGUGGACGUGCCUGGAUGCCUCUCAGAGAAAACUGUACAGGGACGUGAUGCUGGAGACCUACCAGUAUCUGCGGGCCGUCGAUUGGGGGAAGGCCUUCCACCGAUCCUCAGACCUUAUUAUACAUAGGAGAAUUCACACUGGAGAGAAACCUUAUGUUUGUAAGGAAUGUGGGAAGGCCUUUUCUCAAUCAGAGUGCCUUUCUAAGCACAGGAAAAAUCAUAGUAAAGAGAAACCUCAUAAAUGUCAGACAUGUGGGAAGGCCUUCACUGUGCAGCAUUCCCUUACUGUGCAUAUGAGAAUUCAUACUGGAUACAAACAAUAUAUAUGUCAAGAGUGUGGGAAGGCCUUUACUACAUGUUCACAACUUAUUGUACAUAGGAGAAUUCACACUGGAGAGAAACCAUAUAUAUGUCAGGAGUGUGGGAAGGCCUUUGCUAGAUGCUCAGAUCUUUCUGUCCAUAGUAGAGUUCACACAGGAGAGAAACCAUAUAUAUGUCAGGAGUGUGGAAAGGCCUUUACUACAUGCUCACAACUUAUUGUACAUAGGAGAAUUCACACUGGAGAGAAACCAUAUAUAUGUCAGGAGUGUGGGAAGGCCUUUGCUAGAUGCUCAGAUCUUUCUGUCCAUAGGAGAAUUCACACAGGAGAGAAACCAUAUAUAUGUCAGGAGUGUGGGAAGGCCUUUACUAGAUGCUCACAUCUUUCUGUUCAUAGGAGAAUUCACACAGGAGAGAAACCAUAUGUAUGUCAGGAGUGUGGGAAGGCCUUUUCACAAUUCUCGGACCUUUCUGUACAUAGGAGAGUUCACACUGGAGAGGAACCAUAUAUAUGUCAGGAGUGUGGGAAGGCCUUCACUGUGCAGCAUUCCCUUACUGUGCAUAUGAGAAUUCAUACUGGAUACAAACAAUAUAUAUGUCAGGAGUGUGGGAAGGCCUUUACUACAUGCUCACAACUUACUGUACAUAGGAGAAUUCACACUGGAGAGAAACCAUAUAUAUGUCAGGAGUGUGGGAAGGCCUUUAUACAAAGCUCAUACCUUUCUGCACAUAGGAGAAUUCACACUGGAUAG